UUCCCAAGCAAGUACCUGAGUGGUUUUUCAGCCAGCAGUCAAGGCUGGACGUCCAGCGUCCACUGCCAUGAAGUGCCAUGAAGCGCAAGCAUUCAGAUUCAGGAGAAAAAGUGCAGAAACCAAAGCAAAUUGAAGAUGAGGGGAAAAAGCUGAAGCUCAGCCCAAAAAAGAACAGGAAGACUCUGGCAGGUCAGAAGCAGACUGAGGAAUUGAGUAAGGAGCCCUCCGAUAAGAAGGGUCUAAGGCCUACCAAGAAGACGAGAGCAAAGACCCAAAACCACGAAAACCACGAAGACCAAGAAGACCAAGAAGCAACAGCAAGGACAGCAGGGACAGCAGCUGGUAAGCCUGCGAAGCCGAAGGCGACAGAAGAUGUCGAGGCUGAGCAGCAGCGACGUGCUUUGCAGCGAGAAAUUCAGCAGCUUGUGAUGAGGCUGAGAAGUGAAGGGAAGACGCCUGCUGAGAUCAAAUCUGCGACCAAAGAGCUCAAGGCCAAAUCGGAUUGGACGAAGAAAGAAAAGCUGCCAAAAGCGAAGAAAGAGAAGCAGCGACUCUGGGAGGAAACUGCUGCCAAAAAACGCAAAGAACAUUUGCAGAAGCAGCACGAUCUGGUGAUCAUACCUGUUGUUUGGAGAGGACGCCACGACAAAUUGGACGUACUCAAAGCAGCCGAAGACAUAAAGGCUUGUCUUUCACAGCAGGGCCUCGAUGUGUGGUUGGACAGCAGGCGCCACCUCACCCCAGGGCAGAAGUUUGCGCAUUGGGAGCAUCGUGGAGUGCUUUUGCGUGUGGAGAUUGGGCCUGAAGAUUUGAAGGCCGGAGUUUGCCAAGUGUGUUUGGCGCACACGCCCGGAGACUACAAAUCAGUGCAAAGGAAGCGUGUGGGCUUGCCACCAAGUGGUACGAGGUCACUGCUUUUGCGCUUGAAAGAGUGGGGCUUGGAACAGCUCGAGAUAGAAAGAAGGGCCGGUGAUUCAGACGAGGAAGCCUCGGACGCAGAGGCUCCGCAAGGCAAGAAAGAGAAGAUACUGGCAAAGGCACCUGCAUUAGCCGAAGAUGUCCAAGGAAAUUGGGGCCCAAGAAUUCAGGAAAGAGGGGCCAAAGGCACAAAAGCAGGGAAGAAGCGCAAGAAGAAACUGUAGAGAAGGGCCUGCUGCCAGCGAUAGCUUGAGCUUCUCUAAGGAAAA